AUGUACUAUCAAGAUCACACACAUCCUCAGCGGACGCAGCAGCCCAUGGGUAUCCCAUUUCCUCCCUCCUAUCCCCCGCAGGGCCUCCAGGACUAUUCGAACCAUCCCGAGGACACGCCUUCUUCCAUGGACGAACACAUUUCUCCCACUUUUCACAACGAAAAUGGCAAACGACCUUCCAUUUCCGGCCCUGCCAGUGCUAGUCGCAAGCGCGUGAGGAAGGAAUCCGACUUGGAUGCUGAUGCAUCCGUUGGAGGUAACAGCCCCCAGGAUGUCUAUGAUCCCAAGGAAGGGAAACCAAAAGCUACUAGAGGCGCUCGGGCCUGCACCGUCUGCAGGCGUCUUAAAAUGAAAUGUGUGGUACUUCCGGAGCUCAAAGAUGGACCCUGCAAAAGAUGUCAGGCCGGCAACCAUGAAUGCAUCUUUGAGGAAUCCAACCGUGGAAAACGCUCUUCCAAACGCGCCACUAUUCUUCCUCACAUCCUAGCCGAUGUACAAUCAUAUGCUAACAUUGUCGCUAGAAAACACGAGCAACUUACCAAAUCUCUUCGCAAGAUGGAAAGAACUCUCGACACCGUCCUUCGCUCUAUUUCUAACCCUGCGCUCACCAGUCUUGCUGGAGGAAUGGUCUCCCAAUCCCCAUCCCCCCCACCGGACGCAGAGUCGAGUGCGCAAGAGCCAGCCGGGACACCUGAUCGUCAAGAGUUCCCGAACGCGAUUCCUGAAGCCAUGAUUCCCCAUAUACCCAAAACGGCCACGUACGGUGCGGCCGUGGCACCUGUCCCUGGAUCCCCUCGGCUGCAUUCGCUUCCAGACAACGUUCUAAACCCUCUUGGUCUGUUGGCUGAAGCUUCCUCUUCACUCCGCCGUGGAAAACAAUUCUCGGGGCGAUCGCCAGAUGGCUCAAACCCUAACGGUCAAGCGAGUGGAUCCCAGGAUAACCCCAAGGUUGGCGUGGCCAAUCUGGGAGUUUAUUUCAAGCCGGUUUGUGCCAUCAGUUCGAAAUUCUAUACGGACGACGAGGAGCUGCACACAAAAUUGACCAAGCUCGUCAACAAACUUGCCUGGUCGGUUCCAGAACGCGGCUACAAGAGCGUCGAGAUUGUACAAGCCUAUUUGCUGCUUUGCCUCUGGGGAAGUCCCGUCGAAAGAUAUGAGCACGACCGGACGUGGAUGCUUUUGGGCAUGGCAAUCAGGAUGGCGACCGACCUCAACCUCCACCGAAAGAAUAGCCAGAUCAAGUUUGAUUCCCCCGAAAGCCGUGCUCGCGAGGUAGAGAUUCGCAACCGAGAGCGGACAUGGCUGCUCUGUUUUAUCUUGGAUCGAAGUUUUAGUGCUCAGAUGGGCAAACCUAAUGUUAUCAAGGAGGAGUGA